AGAAGUUGCACUGCGCGCGCAGCCUUAGGCGGAGAGUCCCAGAGCCCCCAGGGGGACAAACCCACGGGAACCACUUCCACUAACGACCCUCCAGCAGAGCCUAGUUCUGCCUCAUCUGACCAACGAGAAGAACCUGUAGAAGAGGAGGAGGAAGAAGAGCAGCCAAAGAAGAAGCGAGUACGCACUGCGUACACCAGAGAGCAGCUGCAAGCAAUGGAGCGACACUUCAGAAAGUCCGCCUACCCCGACAGUCAACUUCUGAAAAUAAUCAGCAGCGAGGCACGCAUCCCCAUCCCCAAGAUCCAGGUGUGGUUCCAGAACCGAAGAGCCAAGGCCCGCAAGUGGGGCCAGGUCCUCCCUGAACCCAGCAGCAACUCAGCUCUCUAUCGAGGUGCCCUCCCGAGUUCCGACUCGUCUCGCUACCUCCCUCCCCUCCAACCGUCGUCCUCGCCAUGUUCAAAGACCACACCCACCCAGGAAACUCCACCUACGACCUCACUGAAUUCCCAUCCUCUCUCCUCAUCCUCACUUCUCCCCCCGUUUCUGACGCCCUACCAGCGGCUCUAUCAGCCUCCCCCUUACGCCCUCCUCCCUCCUCCCCUCCCCUACCCCCUCUCCUACUCCAUUUAUGCUGGAGUGCAAUCCAACAAUCCAACCGUAGCCUCGAUCGCGAACACUUCCUUCAACUUCCAGAAUUCAGCAUCGCAACCAGUCAUCACCGUUGACAGCAACAAAGAACACUUUUGAAAAAAACUUUUGACUCCACCCUAUUCACUUUCAUUACCGUAAUUCACUUUUGCAACAUUUUUGUUUUUUUUUCACCA